AAUAUCCGGGAUUACAUCUGGAACUCGUUCCCUCAAUCCUUCAGUGACUUGCACGACGCCAAAUGUUGCUGGGCCAGCGCUGUUCCCUGCGCCUUGGGCGCGGAGCCCCAACCCAAAAGUCUUUGGUGGAUAUUAUUAAGCCGGCCGUUGCGGCGACUGCCAGUCAGCAUAAUUCGCCGGCUUCGGCUUGCGCGACUGCACCUAAGCGAUCCGGCCGUCGUGCGGUAGUCGCUUUUGCUUCUGCUACCAAAGAGAAAGUUGAGGAGCUCACCCUGCAACCGGUCAAAAAGAUUGAGGGCCAUGUUAAGCUUCCAGGCUCAAAGUCUCUCUCGAAUCGGAUCUUGCUGCUGGCUGCCCUUGCCGAGGGCACAACUUCGGUGAAGAAUUUGCUGGACAGCGAUGACAUCCGCUACAUGGUGGGUGCGCUUAAGGCGCUCAACGUGCAGUUGGAGGAGAACUGGGAGACUGGGGAGAUGGUGGUCCAUGGCUGUGGUGGCCGUUUCAACUCCUCUGGUGCGGAACUUUUCCUUGGGAAUGCCGGCACUGCAAUGCGGCCGCUUACCGCUGCCGUCGUUGCUGCUGGCCGCGGCAAGUUUGUGCUGGAUGGCGUUGCCCGCAUGCGGGAACGGCCCAUUCAGGAUCUUGUGGACGGAUUGGUGCAGCUGGGUGUGGACGCCAAGUGCACGCUAGGGACGGGCUGCCCGCCCGUGGAAGUCAACUCCAACGGGCUGCCCACGGGCAAGGUCUACCUGUCAGGCAAGGUGUCCAGCCAGUAUCUCACCGCGCUGCUCAUGGCCGCCCCGCUGGCGGUGCCUGGCGGCCCGGGCGGCGAUGCCAUUGAAAUUAUCAUCAAGGACGAGCUGGUCAGCCAGCCGUACGUGGACAUGACGGUUAAGCUCAUGGAGCGGUUCGGAGUGCGGGUGGAGAGACUGGAUGGGCUGCAACACCUGAGGAUUCCGGCCGGUCAGCGGUACGUGUCCCCAGGCGAGGCCUACGUGGAGGGCGACGCCUCCUCCGCCUCGUACUUCCUGGCUGGGGCCACCAUCACGGGGGGCACCAUUACAGUGGAGGGAUGCGGGUCGGACAGCCUGCAAGGGGACGUGCGCUUUGCGGAGGUAAUGGGGCUGCUGGGCGCCAAAGUGGAGUGGUCACCCUACUCAAUCACCAUCACGGGUCCCAGCGCCUCCGGACAGCCCAUCACGGGUAUCGACCAUGACUGCAAUGACAUUCCGGAUGCGGCCAUGACGCUUGCAGUGGCAGCCCUGUUUGCCGACAGGCCCACAGCCAUUCGCAACGUGUACAACUGGCGCGUGAAGGAGACGGAGCGCAUGGUGGCCAUCGUCACGGAGCUGCGCAAGCUGGGGGCUACCGUGGAGGAGGGCCGCGAUUAUUGCAUCGUCACACCCCCGCCAGGUGGCGUGGCCGGCGUCAAGCCCAACGUCGCCAUUGACACGUACGACGACCACCGCAUGGCCAUGGCCUUUUCCCUGGUGGCUGCUGCCGGCGUACCGGUGAUUAUCCGCGACCCUGGGUGUACCCGUAAGACCUUCCCCACGUACUUCAAGGUGUUCGAGUCGGUGGCCAAGCACUAA